AGGCCCCAAGAAUUAAAUAGAAUGGCUCUUAAGCGACUUCAAAAAGAGCUCCGUGAUCUCGCUCAUGAUCCACCAACCCACUGCUCGGCCGGGCCUGUCGGUGAGGACAUGUUUCUCUGGCAGGGGACCAUAAUGGGUCCCAAUGAUAGCCCCUACCAAGGAGGUGUUUUUGUCUUAAAUUUGCAGUUUCCUUCGGACUAUCCAUUCAAACCACCCAAGGUAACAUUCUCCACCAGAAUUUUUCAUCCAAAUAUUGGUCGAAAUGGAAAUAUCUGUCUAGACAUCCUCAAGCACGAGUGGUCACCUGUACUCACAAUUUCGAAAUUACUCAUAUCGAUCUAUUCCCUGUUGUGUGACCCCAACACUGAGGAUCCCAUGGUUCCCGGGAUUGCCAAGAUAUAUCUGACCAAUAGAAGAGAAUAUGACCGAAUAGCCAGAAAAUGGACAGAGAAGUUUGCCAUGUGA